AUGGAACUUAAAUAAAAGCUUGUAAAAAUGGAAUUAUUUCACGUACUUCCUUUUGAUUAAUGUACUGAUUUCUUAGAUCAUGAUGGAUACCUAGUAUUUAUUUACUUUUACCUCAUAAAAUGAACUGAUUAUUUUUUUAUUAAUUCAAUUUUAUAAAAUUUUCCAAUCGCUUUUAGUACUUCAUGAUUAUUGUGUAGAUAACCGUAAGCCUAUAAAUUACCACGCCAAGUGACGUAAACGUUGCGGAUGGUGAGGAACCAGCUGUUAUUAUUAGGUACUUCCUGUAUAUCGUAAUAAUCGUAAUUAUUACGUUACCCCAUAUACAUCAUUUUGUAUUUGCACAUAAAUGACUCCUUUUGACAGGGUAGCCAAUGUAUAGUACAGUAAGAUUUUUUUCUAACAAAGAUUAGUUACUCCAAGCAGGAUUAUUUUCAACCAUAAACUAUUAUUUUUGUGACGUAGAGCGACAUUAGUAAGCUUAAUUUUUAAGCUCGUAUUAAAAUAUUUAAUUUUUCAAGGCAGUUUCUGUUUAUUUAUUCUACUAUAGUAAGCAGUUAGUCAAUUACACACACUACGUUUGUAUGCCGCCGUCUCUUACUGUCACAGACACCGCCGCGCGCCGUAGCAAACAAGUAACUACACAGACAUAUCUUCGUCACACAGUUUAUUUAUAUGUGUGUGUAUACAACGACAUGGCGCCGACCGACGCUGUCGGGGUCGGGCACAGGAGGGGGGACGUCUGUGUCGGCCGCCGCGCCGUUGCCAGUGAGGCCGCGUCCACAAUCUACAGACAACGUCACCAUGAAUCAAAGUAAAUUAAUAAAACUCGUUCGCGAUUACACGUACCUUUACGAUUUGACUGACAAAAGGUACUGUGACCAUACUCUGAAAGAGGAGGCGUGGAGUGAAAUAGCGAAACAACUAGAUUCAAAAGGUCACGAGUGCAAGAGAACAUGGGCUCUACUAAGAGAUUCCUACCGGCGCACAGUAAAGAAAGCAAAAAUACUUAACGAUAAUGGAAUCGAGGAAUAUGUCAAGAAGUGGAAAUAUGAAGAGGAGAUGUCUUUCCUUAGACCGUAUUUGAAGGAUACACUUUUAAAGAGUAUGAAGACGAAGACUCCAAAACAGAAUACAAGCAAAGAAAGUGACACUGAAGAGAACAGCUGUGAUAUGAAUGUCAAACCAAGAUCAGUAACUCCAGAUGUUAUAUUAUUACAGUCCACCCCUUCGCGAAGUUUGCUGAAUGGUAGCAAUGUCGCUGGCAGCCAUUCAUCCUCUUCAAAAAGAGAGCAUUCAAAUUCAAAUUCUUCAGAAAAUCCAGAGCACAGCAGGAAAAAGAUUUGCAGAAACGCAACUCCGCAAGCAUAUUCCAGUGAGACACCUACAAGUACCCAACCACAGUGUAAACCUAGAGUAAGUGACAUCGAACAAUUUUUCCACAGUAUGAUCACCACUGUUCAGUCGUUCCCACCCCGAGAUAGAGCCAUAGCAAAAGCUAAAGUGUUCAGUGUGAUAUCGGAGAUGGAGAUAGAAAUUUUAAGUAGAGAUUCAAGAACGCAUACUGAGUUUGUAGAUUCCGCUGCAUCGUAUGAAGAGCAGGAGACAGAUGACGUAAAAGAUUAUUAUAUCACAUCAUCGCCACAUAUGCAGGACCCCAUUGACGGGUCGGAAUAUAAAUAUAGUAAGCGGAAAAUGCCGAGGAAAGGCGCUACAUAAUAUUUAUUUUCUCAAAAAAAAAAUUCUGGUUUUUUAUAAACCGUCGAUUCAAUUCUGUAUUACACUUUGUUUAAUGCAGGGAUCGAAGCCACGAUAUGUAGCGUAGUGUGUUUAGUGUGAUGACCUUAACCACUCGGCUAUCCGUGCCGUGAAAAGUGAGAAAUUAGUAAACUCUUUGUGAAUAGAAUUAUCAACAUUUUUAUAUUAAAUAAAACUUUUACAUUAAUAAACUUGAUUUUUUUACGCACCAUCCUUGAACUUAGUAAUUUGUAAUUAGGUAAUAAUUGUUAUAUUAAUUAAUUGAUGAUUGAGAAUUAAGAUUAUUUUCUAAGGACUAAUCUGCAUAUUACACGAAUUUAGAGAGAAAAGCGGAAAUAAGCAAAGCUAUCUUUGUUCAACAGUGAAGCAUCAUAGACUAUAUAUGUAGAUAAUAAACAACAUGUUUAUGAAUCAAAUGUAACUAUGAAAAAAAUUAUUUGUGGUUUAAACAACAUUUCACGCUAUCGAGUUAGGACUUUUGACUCUACAUAUACUUUUGCACUUAUUUUACAAAUGCCUGUUUCCAGUACACAAGUUUCUUACUUAACUUGCCUCUUAUUAUGCACGUCUGUAUUUCGCAACCGUCGGAUCCAUAAUGUAGACGCAUAUGGUUGACACACUUCCACUGGGCCUGCUGUGUGGGAUCAGGAUAGUCAUGUACAUUGUUUAACUAUUUGAGUUUGACCAUUCAUGCAAUGUUGAAUGGUAUAGAAUUUGUAGCGUACUUUCCCUGAAUUCCCUUGAAUUGUCUUUGUGACCUUGCGGUUAUAUGCAAGGAUUUUCAUGCUUUAUGUGUAGGUAGUGUAUGUAUGUAGUGUAUGUAUGUAACAUAUGUAACAUGUAGUGCCUAUGCAUUGCCGCUCACCGACUAAAUGCGAGAGACGUUGCAGAUCGGUUUACGUUUAGUCAAGCACUAUCCGCUUCCUCCCCCGAAGGGGCUAGUGUCCAUGAGGAUUCCCCCCACUAGCCACUAGCAACUCGUUCAUGG